CCCUCUCUCACACGUAUAUUUAUACACAUGAAAGUUGAUUAAAAUGUUCUCUUAUGUGUAUAAAUCUAGAGUUGAUCAUUGUUACGAAGUGGAGUUACAUUUGAUUUAAUCUUCCAUUCAGAUAGCUGUUUCUGAAACAUGGCUAGUGAUUUAGACUGACAACUGAACUUCAAUGGUUUCUGACACUCUGCCAGAGUGAUCCAGACACUCGAUGGUAAUGUUCUUGGCUGAUGAAAAGGUUAUAGCUAAGCCUUUGCAGCUGGUUCAUCUCGGAGAUGGACUGUAUAUGCUGCUGAUGUUCAGUAUAUAUUGUAUAGGUAUUAGCUAUGAUCCUAGCAGAUAAUCUGAUGCUGCCAGUUCUAUAUGCCGACCUUAUAUGUUUAUGCGAGCACAUCAAGCGGAUGACCUUAGGAGUGAAGAUGGGCUGGUAGAAGCUGGAAAACAUUUAAGAAAAGGUUUCUAGGAGACCAUUUAUGUUGAGUUACUUUGAUAGAAGAAUUCGAGGGAUAAGGACUAUGAGUACAAAGACAAAUCGAGGAAUGAUGGUUAUGAUUACAGAGUCAAAUCAAGCCAUUAGUUACUGUCAAAUCUUUCUUUCAUCCUGUCAGAUGAGAAAGGCCAAGGAAUUUCAGGUCUUGUCAGCAUCCUGUCUUUUAACGGAUCAACUGACCAGCAGAUUCAGAGAUGGAGAUUUCUCAAGCACAAGAGAAUGCUCCAAUUAGUAGCAGUCCUGUCACUUAAGCCUAUCGGUUUCUUAUUACUAAUCAUUUCGCGAUACUAAGAAACACUCUUUUCGGAACCUUUUUCUUUCGUGAUCAUGCGUUAGCGAUCUGAAACGAUGUGUUCAUUGGCCGGCUACGCCUCUAGAUGAUAAAUGAAGUGGAAUGAGAAAUGUUUUGAGACCACAACUAGUGUAUCACUUGGAUCACAAAAAGUGGUAUAUAUUCUUUCUUGGUUCACAGACGUGCUGAGUUUAUAACCCCACGUAUAUUUGAGGAUUCAAAGAAUAUGGGGGGCCAGUGCCCCUACAGCAACACGGAUGGGACAUGUUUGAGAUUUUGAAACCAACCCCUGUGGUGGUCACUCUCCCACACAAGGGGUCAACCAAGCCUACAGCCCCGAACGUCGAAGAUUGGCAGAGGAUUUUAUUCAUAAGCCGUGAUAUAUGGUUAAAAUCGGUAAGACUUCGGUUUUUAAGCCCUGGCUGAACUCCAAAAUUUGAUGAUUUAUCAUGUAAGUCCCGAGUAUUUCGAAAUCCUGGUUCCGUCAGGUAGAGACGAAAACAGACUAGGGUGUGUAUGUUUAGGCUGUGACUGUAACUAAUGGUCAUGUUUUGCAACAGCUAGGAAUGGUUAAGAUGAUCAAGUGGUUCCACCUUUGACAUUUUCCCAAGUCAAUGGCAAAGGAAAUGAAAAGCUUAGUUUAUUUUUGUAAUCAUAUCCAAACACACAAUCUAAAGCACCCACUUGCUUCAUUGAUUCAAUCAUGACUCUGUUUCUCCACAGUAAGAGUUAUUGACUUGUUUAUGUAUAUAUAUUUGCAUUUAACAAAUCCUCCUUAGUGCUCCACCUCAAUUCUCUUCUCCUUCCAUUUCAAAAGUCAGCCCUUGGUUUCCUUUUAGCAGCUGUCUCAGAACAGAGAGCUCACAAUCAAGUUUCUAUUCACAUAUGUUACAAUGUCGGAUGGGGACUGGGAUUUGUAUGCAGUGGUGAGAAGCUGCACUACCUCCGCCUCUGUCGUUGAUCAAAAUCGCAUGGAGGACGAGCAGGAGGAGAAGGAACAGCCUUUCGCUGAUCAAUUCUCCUUCCAAAAUGAUGAUUUUACUGAUCCGUUAACUUAUGGUCUGCAGAACACUACCGCAGACUAUGGCCUCGAAGAAAUUCAUCAGCCAUUCUCCAAUUUUAAUGCAGAAUUCGAAAAUGAACAGGUUAUGAAUUAUCCUCCACAACAGGAGCCACAGUCCAAUACCUUCACUUUGCCCAUCUCAAAUCCUUCUAGCUCUACCAUACGAUCUCGAAGAAGGAAAAACCAGCAUCUGAAGAUGGUAUAUCAGAUGACACAAGAAGAAUUAUCAGGCGAUACUUGGGCAUGGCGGAAAUAUGGUCAAAAACCCAUCAAAGGCUCCCCUUAUCCCAGGAACUAUUACAGGUGCAGCACAUUGAAAGGGUGUCCAGCAAGGAAACAAGUAGAGGGGAGUCCAACAGAUGCCACCAUUUUUAUAGUAUCGUACACUGGAGAACACGCGCAUCCACGUCCAACUCACAGGAGUUCUCUGGCUGGCAGCACCCGCAGCAAAUUCUCCGCUGCAGCAGCGCUGAACAACAUAAUCAAAUCAACUGCAACUUCCUCCGAGUCCACCUCUGUGGCUCCCAACUUCUCACCAUCAACCUCCCCCCACUCCGCCCUCACAUUCUCUCCUUCUUCAGUUCGGUAUGAGAAUAAUCCUGACAAUACAGUCGACGACACUGACAUGGUGGACGUGGACGAGGAUGAUUACAACGAGGACAAUAAUUUAAUUCACGACGAGGAAAUAUAUAGUGGACUUGACAAAUUCGAUGGAGAUGAUCGAUUUUUCGACUAGCUUGCAGUGGUGGCAGGGAUUAGUCAAAACGCAGCAUUAUCAUCAGAAGUUGCAUGACUCUUUUCAUUUUAUCUUUGAUUAUAAGUGCUGGACACUUUGACCUUCAAGUGGGGAUGAAAGUGAUGGACAUCAUCUUUUUCUUCUUCACCACCUUCUACUUAUAUAUAGCUUGCUUUUAAUAAUUCACCACCCAUCACCCAUUGUAGACUGUUAUAAAGAUUAUAUAAGAUGUUACUAGAGACAUUUUUAUGUUGGUAAUUCAUACACAUUUUUAUGUUAGUAAUUCAUGGUAGUUUGAUGUGGCUUGAAGGGAAAGGAUGUACAAGACUAGAGACAGGCAGGGUGGAAGCUGUUAAGAUAUGGUUUGUGGUAGGCCGGAUCCCAUCGGUCUAAAUUCAUAUCUAUAUCUAUUUAUUUUAUCG